AUGGUGAUAUUAACCAGGACAUUUAUCAAUCGUCAAGAAGUGGAAAAGAACUUUUUAGAUACGUCAAUAUAUUCCGCUGACAAGAAAAAGAGUAUUCAGUUAAAGCUAUCCAGGGUUCGUGUUAUCACUCUUUCUAACAAUGACUUGAAGACGAUGUACAAAGAAAUUCACCAAAAGAUAGUAGCAUAUUUAUUUGAAAUGAACGAAGACGAAUUACGCAGUUUAAACAAAUUUACGAACGGUAAAUAUGGGGUUGACUAUAAAAACGAAGUGAAUGCAGUUUAUAGAGAGAAGGAGAUGCUAAAACUACCGCUAAUAACAGACCACUGGAAGUGUUACUUAGUCAUAGAUAUUGACGAUAUUACAAGAAUAAGGGCAAUAAUGAAUGGCUCGGCGUUAUUUGACACAGAUUUUAUGAGUGGGCACAAUCAAAUAUACAGAAAUUUGCUGGUGAGAAGACUUAUUUCGGACAAAAGUUCUGUGAUAAGUAUAGAUGAGUCCGAAAGUGAUACGGAAGAUAAUGGAGAAGAAAUCGAUAAUGAAAAUCUAUUUGAUGAAGAUGAACUACAGACUAAGCAAUUAGAGGACACAAAAAAGAAAUUCAAAGCUAGGUAUCAGGGACGGUACAUUAUUCCGAUUCCCUUGAACAUAUAUGUUUACGCUCGAAACUAG